AUGAGUGACGUCGAUUUAAAAGCCUGUUUGGAGCAAGUUCUACAAGCGCUGCUCGAUCUGCGCAAUGAACAAUGCUCAAUUCGAAGUGAUAUCAGCAAACUAAGAUGUGAAAUCCGUGAUCUUUGGGAGGAAGUCAACAAGGACAUCACUCAUCGAAAUAUGAAAGAAAAGGCGAUCACCGUAUUGGGAAACGACAAAGAGAGCCAAGCC